CUGGGGGAAAAAAACAAAAUUGCAGUUCAAAACCUGUUUAAACUCACUUCCAGUAGGUUUGACAUGAAUUAAACAGACACUGGUGUAACGGGGUUUACUGUCCACCUCUGUGCUCGGUCAGCAGUGCGCGCUGCCGCGGCACAGAGCCCCGCCGCCGUGCCGCGUGAACGCGCCUCUCCAUGCGGUUUGAUUAAAGAAGGAAAAGCAGAAAGAAAUCAGCUGAUGGCGAAAAGACAUGAGGCCGUCCCUGGAGAGGAGAGCAGAGACCGGUUUGAAUCUCUCAUCUGAACCCGGUCCCGGUGUCCGGGGGGUCCGGUUCUCGGCUCAGCUGCUCCGCUCUUUGUCAGCCGGUUCACACACACAGAGACUCGGGCGGGUUUGUGUCUCUGAAUGAAGCCGCUUUACCGGAGAGACACUCGUUGGUUUUAACACGUUAAUGACCGGGGAGUGUUUUAAUCUCUCGGGUCUCUGUGGAAUCUGCGCUGUUAGGAUUUAUUUCCUGCAGGAUUUAAUCACCUUUUGUUUGAAGCAAGAAGCGGCUGAUGCUGCGGUUCAUAGUGAAGUCACACUGACGGAGGAAUCACCGGAUCAGAUCUUUAAUUAUCGUUUUUAUCAGCCUGUUAAUGCUAAUACUUCUUCACGGGACUGCGUGAGUGAGGAAGCAGCGCUGAUGGGAUUAUUUCACCUUUGCAUGGCGUUUUUUUAUAAUUAUUCUUAAUAUUAUUUUAUUAUUUAUCAUAAUUGGCUCUGGGGCUUUACGUUUCCUCGGUCUUUUGUGUGUAAUUGAUCCGUCAGUCCUGGACUCUGUUAGACUGCUCCCGGUUCUGUCCCGGUCCUGUCCCGGAUUGAGCAGCACCAUGCCGGAGUGCGUCUCGGUGCCCGAGUUCUUGCAGGAGGUUCUGGAGGACUGGAGCUCCCCCACCACCUCCUCCUUCACCUCCAAGAUGAUCAGCUGCAGGAACACUGUCUACCUGCUGGAGGAGGUUCUGGACAGUGACCGGUUGGUGUUGCAGAAGAUGAAGAAAGCUGCUAAAGCCAAAUACACAUCAGGACAAGACCACGUGUCUCACCUGGAGCAGUACAUUCAUUCGAUGGAGAAGCUGUCCGUCAACUGUCACUCAAAUGGAGAGACGGAGGUUGGCUCUGCCUUCUGCCGACUGGCAGAAUUUUCUAAAGAGCUCCUCUCUCCCAUGAAGAACCUGUUAAAGAGCAUGCUCCACAACAUCAACUUCUUCCUGGACACUCUGGUUAAAGGAGACCUGAGGGAGGUGAAGGGGGAUCUGAAGAAGCCUUUUGACAGAGCAUGGAGGGACUAUGAGAGCAGAUUUAAGCAGGUGGAGAAGGAGAAGAGGGAGUUAGCUCGUCAGUAUGGGAUGGUGAGGAGCGAGGUGAGCGGAGGAGAGAUUGCUGAGGAACUCGAGAAGGAGAGACGCUCCUUCCAACUGAGCAUGUGUGAGUAUCUGAUUAAGGUCAACGAGAUAAAGACGAAGCGAGGAGUCGACCUGCUGCAGAACCUCAUCAAACACUACCACAGCCACAACAAUUUCCUGCAGGAGUGUGUUUCCACCACUCAGAGGUUGAAGCAGUACAUGGAGGAGCUGAAUGGAGUCCUGGCGACGGUGAAGCAGCGUCAGGAGGAGGAGAAGAAGCAGCUUGUGUCUCUCAGAGAUCAGCUGAGGCCGGUCGUCCACACAGACCAGGACUCUUUACCUAAGCAGGUGUACAGUAUGCAUCAGCUGCUGGGUGACAAACAGUACGGGACAGAAAGAACAGGAUUCCUCUACAAGAAGAGCGACGGGUUGAGAAAAAUGUGGCAGAAGAGGAAAUGUUCAGUUCACAACUGUUACCUGACCAUCGCACACGCUACUCCUAAUAAACCUCCUACCAGACUCAACCUGCUCACCUGUCAGGUUAAACCCAGUGUGGAGGACAAGAAAUGCUUCGACCUCAUCUCUCAUAAUCGGACCUACCACUUCCUGGCUGAAGAUGAAGCUGAGUGUGUGGCAUGGAUCUCGGUGCUCAGUAACAGUAAGCAGGAGGCUCUGAGCGUGGCUCUGGACGGGGGGAGGAGAGGGGGAGGAGGUGGGGAGAGCAGCAUGGAGGAUCUGACCCGAGCCAUCACUGAUGACAUCAGACGGAUGCCAGGAAACAACAACUGCUGUGACUGUGGAGCUCCAGAUCCUGGAUGGCUCUCGACCAAUCUGGGUAUCCUGACCUGUAUCGAGUGUUCAGGGAUCCACAGGGAGAUGGGGGUCCACGUCUCCAGGAUCCAGUCUCUGAGUCUGGACAGUCUGGGGACCUCAGACCUGCUGUUGGCUAGAAAUGUUGGUAACUCUGGUUUUAAUGAAAUACUGGAGGCAAACCUCCUGAGUCCGUCACUGAAGCCCUCCCAACACAGCCACAUGGCGGAGCGUAAAGACUUCAUCCUAUCAAAGUAUCAGGACGUUCAUUUUGUGAGGCGGAGCCACAGCUCAUCUGCAGCGCUGCGACUCAGCCUGCAGGAGGCGACCAAGAGCUGCGACAUCUACAGUCUGAUCCAGCUGCACGCUCAGAGGACGGACCUGAGCCAGCCACUGCACACACACAUACAGGAGAAAGGGGAGACGGCGCUCCAUCUAGCCGUCCUAUUGGCUGACAGGACGUCUCUGCACAUCCUGGACUUCCUUGCUCAGAACUGCUCUAAUGUGGACGUGCAGACGUCAGCAGGAAACACAGCGCUGCACUACAGCUGUCUGCACAACAAGAGCGACUGUGUGAGACUGCUGCUGAGAGCCCGGGCCAACACACACAUCAAGAACGAGUUAGGAGAGACCCCUCUGGACGUGAGCCGCAGGUUGAAGCACAGCCACUGUGAGGCGCUGCUGCAGCAGGCCCAAUCCAACCAGUUUGCCCAUCACGUCCAUGUGGAGUACGAGUGGAGGCUUCGUCACGACGAUCUCUACGAUAGCGACGAUGAAUUUGACGACAAGAACGGUCCAGUGAAGAAGGAGCGCUCCUCCUCUUCCUCGUCCUUCACCUCAUCCUUCUCCUUCUCCUCCCGUCCCUUCAGCUUCAGUCAGUCCUCCUCCAUCACCCCGCUCUCCUCUGGAGUACCUGGAGGAGCAGGAGGAGGUCUGCUCAGUGUGGGGAGGAGGCUCGCCAUGGCUAUGGAUCUCCACAGCCGGCCCUCUGGCUCCGCCUCCAGCCCGCCUCCUCCCCCGUCGUCCCCUGCACCUCCGCUGCCUCCCAGGGUCAAAGCUCCCAAUGUUCCUCCUCCUCCCCCUCCUGCUGGGGUGGAGGGAGUAGGGGAGGAAGAGGAGGAAGAGGGGGAGGUUUUCUUCCCCCUGAUACGAAACAGAAAGUCGACCCCUCCCCCUCACAUCGCCGUCCGACACAAGAGGAGCUGCUCCGAGUCCAGCAAGCACGAUUACGGGUUGCCAACCAGUCCCAGGAUCUACAGCGGCCCAGACUCCUCCUUUAAGAAGUGUGUUCCAUCUUCUCCUCUGAGCUCGCUGGCUGAACGACCAGACAGAGGUUUUCGGAGGGCAGACAGUGACAGUAGCUCCUCCCACUUCCUGCACCCUGCCAGUAAAGCACCGCCCAACGGGUCUCCCACCAAUCAUCGCUCUCAGAGCUUUGAGAGUAACAGAAGAGGCCCCGCCCCCCAGCUGCUUCCUCGCAGAUCAUUGCCUCGGGGUGCGACGAGCCGUCGGGUUGAGGCGCUGUACGACUGCCAGGCCGACCACCACGAUGAGCUGAGCUUCUCCGAGGGAGAGGUGCUGGUGGUCCUGGGACAGGAGGACAGUGAUUGGUGGCAUGGUUACAUAGAGGACGAACCGGACCGGAGAGGUUUGUUUCCGUCCUCCUUCGUCCAGCUGCUCUCAGACUGACAUGAACCUGGACUGGACCAGACCAGGACUGGUGCAGACCCUGGACCAGUACAGAUCCAGACCACAUCACUCUGGCCUGGAGAACCAGAACCUGGAGCUCAGGAGAACCAAAACCAGAACCAAACUAGAUCAGUACUGAGCAGCAGAAGCUGAACCCCUGAUCUGCGAUGGACCAGGUCAGACUUUCAGGUUUUUGUCCUACUCACCUCCCGGGACUGGACUGAUCUGGUCCUGACCAGCUCCAGCAUCAUGUGAGUUCAACAUGAUCAUGGUCCAGCCACAGUUCCAGUAGUCGGCAAUGUUGUCAUAGCAACCAGGGUUUCUUGUACUUUCUGUUACCAUGGAAAUGUUAUAGAUGACCUUUCAGUGAAGAUCUUCAUGUGGUUCGGGUCAUGUGAUAAUGUUGCCAUAGAGACAGCCUCGUACACACUGAUCAGCGAUGAUUCAUGGCUGAUGUUGACAAUACUUUUAUUUAUUUAUUUAAAAUUUUAAAUAUUUUAAGCGCACAGGUCACUUCAAAAUAAAACAAUCCACUGGACUUUUAUUUUGAAGUUCAACUGAACAACUUUUUUCUGUUCUAAUUUAUUCUAAUGUAUUUAAUGUAAAUGAUCCUGUGGAGACGCCACCACACAAGCCGCUUCUGUCCCAUUUCAGGCUCCGCCUCCAUGGAGGGGCGGGGCUUACAGGGUCCAACACGUGACCAGAGCACAAAGGAUUGUGGGAUACCGAAGACCAAAGGAUAAAUACCAGUUGUCUGCUCUAAAUUCAGGUGACAACAGUCGGUCUGAGCCUGAAAUGGGACACAGCUGAUGCUUCCAGCUGCCUUCGAUGUCACAAGAUAUCACAACGCCUCAGUGAGUAAGUACGGCAGCAAAUUGCUGCCGCUGUUACAAAAAUAUAUUUGCUCAGUUUCUCGUUAAAAUGAGAGCAUUUUCACAUUAUAAUACGAUAUUUUUCAUGCUAUGGUGACAUUUUUAUGUUAUCACUACGUACCAAAUAAUUCUGUUUUAACAAUAGACUUUUAUAUAACUUAGUUACAUUCCACUACUGGUGAUUAUUAAUUAUUGAGUACAUUUACCCAAGUACUGUACUAAAGUGCAAAUUUGAGGUACUUUUACUUUACUUGAGUAUUUCCAUUUUAUGCAACU